CGACCUAUAAAAAAAAAAACUCUCAAACCAGGUCCAUUAUCUCUCAUCAUCAUUACUCAUAGCCAAUCUCUAAUCCCUAAAUUUCAAGAUCAUGGCGAGCGCACGACUUGCAAGAUUCAUAACGGAAGUUGCGCCACCGCAAUUUGUCACGGUGAUGCGGAGAAGAACGGCGAAGGUACUCGACACGAUCAAGGAGGAAGAAAGAGAAGUUGGCACUGACUCUAUAUUUUCAUCUUCUUUAACUUCGAAGAACAUCUCUUCACCGUUUACUUCUACUUAUCCCUCCUCUGUCUCUUCUUCUGCUUCAUGCAGUUCUGGUCUAAAAAAAUUCCCGGUUAUAGAGAACCGGGGCUCUUUUCCGGUUUUCAAGAACUGAACUAAUUUUCAGAUGUAAUUUUAUAUAUGUGUAUAUCAUAUAUGCAUGCAAAUGUUUUGUGUAUUCGAUUACGUUGUAAUCACAAGUGUGUAUGUGUAGAGUUGGAUUUUCUGGUGAGCUCCGGCGUUUCUUAGGAUCGGAGUUUUUUUCAUUCUCUAAUUAAUGGGUUUAUCAAA